AUGAGUUUGUCAGAGGUGAUCAACAACCCGAUGGUUCAAACGGGUUAUCGUGUGCUUUCUCAAGUCUUCGAUCAAUUUCAAUCUCUCGAUCCUAAUCUUCUCUUCAAUAUAUUAUUUUUGAAUCAUGCUUUCAUUGUUGCUUUGAUGGUAAAAAGAGCUUUUAAUGGAUUGAUUGCAACUCAAAAAGUAAAGGAAAUUCCUUUCGUUGCUGGCAUGUUGCUUUGUUUUGCAAUUGGCACAGGAGGUGCUAUUUUGACAUCUUUGCUAUUAGGAAAAACUCAAAUUUUCUUUACAAACGAUACAAUUAAUUUGUAUUUAAUUUGUGCAUGGAUUAUUACAAUUUAUGCUCCUUUCAAUCUUGUUGACUGGCUCAUUGGCAAUGUUGUGGUCCAACUCUUCACUUUUGCAAUUGAAGGUUUCUUUGUUGCCGGAUUUUGUAUUAAUGGAGUUAACACUGGAGUCACUGAAUACCCACAAUCAACCUUUGCUCCAAUCAUUCUUGGAACUACAGCAUGUGUUGGAGGUGCAAUUUUGAGACCUUUCUUUGUAAACUUGUAUAUUGGAGAGAGUGUAGAGAAUAGUGUUUUAAGCUCUCCAAACUUUGUUCUGAAGGCUCCAAUACUCACAAGUAUUUUCUUCUAUGUUACCAAGCACAUUUACAAGAUGAGCAUGAUCCACAUUCCACUUGGUUAUCUUCCCUUCAAAGAGCUUGAAAAUGUCACUCUUUCUUUCACACCAGAACAUGUUCUUAAGGCCUAUUUUACUUUACAUUUUAUCAUGAUUUACGCAAAAUCUCAUCCUGCAUUCAUGAAAGCACCCAAGAAGAUUUCCACAACAAACACCACCAGAUUGCCUAAUACUCCUCCUCCAACCAAACAAGAACCACCAAAGGUUGAAAAGAAGAAGGAAACCAAAAAAAAUAAAACCAAAUUACAAAACAACAACGACAACAAGAAGAAAAAUACAACCAUGCAAUUCAGUAAUCAGUUUAUGUUUUUAGUGGUAAUGAUGAUCAUGAUUGCUUUCGGAGCAACAGCACUUCUCCGAAAAAACACAUCACUUGAUAACUCGAUAAUAGGCUCCAAUUUUAAUAUUUCAAACCCUCUCAUGAAUUUAAAAAGAAUAACAAAAACGAUCACAGAUUUUGGAAAUCGAAUUCCGAGCGUGUCUCCUGGUUAUGUCCAGACACAAGAGUACAUUAACAAGUUUGUGCAGGAACAUACUAACUAUUUCCAAAUUGAGUAUGACAAUUUUACAGCGUCAACUCCAAUAUUUGGUAAUUUAAAAAUGUCAAAUAUUAUCAUUAAUUUUGCUCCACCUAGCACUCCAAACAACUCAAAGCGAAUUAUUGUGGCAUGUCACUACGAAAGCAAAUACUUUAAAGAUGCUACAUUUGUUGGUGCCACUGAUUCUGUUGUACCAUUAGCAAUGAUUUUAAAUUAUAUGGUUGAAUUGGAAUAUAGUUACAACAAGACUGUGAAGUCAAAAGGAUCAAAUCAAGAUUUAUUGAAUUUUAAUUUUCAAGUUGUAUUAUUCGAUGGAGAAGAAGCUUUUCAAAAUUGGAGCCCAACAGAUUCUCUUUAUGGUGCAAGACAUUUAGCUCAACGUUGGGAGAAUUCCAAUCAAUUACAAAAUAUCAAGUAUCUCAUGCUAUUAGAUCUUAUUGGAACUAGCGAUGUUAGAUUUAAGAAUUACUACAUUCACACAGAAAAAGGUACAAAUAAUCUCUAUGAUAGACUUUCUGCCAUUGAAUACUCGAAAUUCAAGGAAAACAAAUACUUUGAUGGAUCAUCUUUUUCGUACAUGGAUGAUGAUCAUCGGCCAUUCCUCGAGAGAGGAGUACCAAUUCUGCAUCUCAUUAGUGAGCCAUUCCCAUCGGUUUGGCAUACAUUAAGAGAUGAUUACGCUCAUUUGGAUUGGAAUGCCAAUGAUAGAAUUUAUCGAGUGAUUAGUUCAUUCCUUCAUGAACAAUUGUUGAAUUCAUCUCUUGCAAGGAAAUAA